AUGGAAGUACCUCUUAACCAAAGUGCUGACAUUCGUGUCGGAUUCGGACUGGAUAAAAGUCGAAGUUGGUCUUUAAUUGGCUCGCUAUCCACUGAGUAUUCUGUCAAUUUAACAUCUGGAAAGGUGUACCGUGAUUUUAAACGAGAUUGUGAUCCAUCCAUGGUUGUUGCUUUCGUUUCAAGACGACCAAUUCUACAUGAAGGUGGACACUCUCUUUCAGCGAAGCAUGAACAUGGCCAUGCGUUAGCAAAUAUCAGUUGGCAUCCAUAUUUCACCAGUGGAAAAAUGUUUCCGCAGAUGACAAUCGAUUAUAUACAAAACAAUUAUCUUCAAACAUUUUCAUUAAAUCAAAGUUUAGGUCCAUUUGAUAAGUGA